UAAAUUAUUUAGUUUAAUAUAAAGUAGGUUUAUAAGUACAAUAUUCAUUUUAAAGAUGAGCUUUAAUAAAUGGAAAAAAACAGUUGAUGAAGGUGAUACUAUCAUGAUUUCUUUGGGUAAGCAAUCAAUAAUGACAAUACUUGUUGAAUCAUCUAAAACUUUGCAAACAAAAUUUGGUGCUUUUCCACACAAGGAGUUUAUUGGUCAAAAGUUUGGAACUAAGAUUUUUUCAAAGAAUCGAAAAGGGUGGGUUUUUUUACUUCAUCCAUCUCCAGAACUAUGGACUGUUUCACUCCCACAUCGAACACAGAUACUUUAUUCAACUGAUAUAUCUCUUAUUGUAAUGGAGCUAGAGUUAAAGCCAGGAUCCAUUGUAGUAGAAUCAGGUACUGGUAGUGGUUCACUUUCUCAUGCAAUUCUACGAAGUAUCAAACCAAGUGGCCAUCUUUACACAUUUGACUUUCAUUUGCAAAGAGUUGAUAAAGCAAGGGAAGAGUUCAUGCAACAUGGUCUCGAAAAUUUUGUUACGUGUAAAUGUGCUGAUGCAUGUGCAGAUGGUUUUUCUCUUGAAGACAAAGCAGAUGCAGUAUUUUUAGAUCUUCCUUCUCCCUGGGAUGCGAUACCACAUGCUAUAAAAACAAUAAAGAAAUCAGGGGGUCGACUUUGUUCUUUUUCACCGUGCAUAGAGCAAGUUCAACGAACAUGUGAUGUUUUAAGACAAUUUCGAUUUUGUGAAAUAAAAACUGUCGAAUGUUUAGUCAGAACCUUGAAUGUUAAAACGAUACCUGUCCCAGAAGCUAAUAUUGGGUCGCUUGACUUUUCUAAUAUCGAUGAUGAGAAACCAACCGAUUCCAAAAGAAUGAAACAAAACGAGGAGGAAAUUCAAAGUCAAUUACCGCAUAUUCCUCAAUUUGCUUCAACAAAGGAACCUUAUAUUGAAAAUAAUCAAAUUGCUUCCACGGAUGAAUCUCGAAUUAAAGAUGCAAAAUGUGCUAAUGUUACUGGAGUUAAUUCGUUGGGAAUGGUCACCAAAUUGACAGCUAAAUCGAAAUCUAGACAUUGUAAUGUAUUGACAUGUAAAGGGAACAAAGAAAUGCCUGGUCACACUGGGUUUUUAACUUUUGCAUCUUUGUAUCCUUCUUGAAAUUUAUGAGUUUAAAUAAUAUUCAAAACUUUA